AUGGAUACGCAGGUACUAUCCCCUACAGGGGACGAAUUAAAUAAGGCAUCCUUCGUCUGUGAGGUUGCUGGGUGUGGCAAGCAAUUCAAACGAUCCGACCAUCUUUUACGACAUAAACGAAAUCACGAAAGCAUCUCGCUAUUCUCCUGUUCUUGGCCAGGGUGUGAAAAGAGCUUUGUAAGGAAAGAUGUAAGACUCAAGCAUUAUAAGAGACAUGUUCAGAAGGAGAAGGAAAAAUCCGGUGUUUCGGGCAACAAGAUCAAGCAUUUUGAGAUCUAUACUCCCAAGACGGUUAUGGAAAAGUCCAAACCUAUAAAAGGCGAGGAUCUUUACAAGUCUAAUGGUCAGGAUAAAAGGGCAGUUGUGUCAACUGAACUGAAUACCCCUAUUAAUAUGCUACAUGGUUCAUCUGGGGAUGACGGAUACUCCUUUGAAGACCAAACGCCUCAGGAAAAAUCGAACAUUAACUACGUGAUGAACUCAGAUGACAAUUUGAUAGCGGAUUUAGUUCCAUCGCCAACCAUCAACUUCGAGCAAACCAACUUGGAAAAAACCGGCUUGCUUGAGUGGCUUCUUCAUAACAACGAAGAAAACUCUCACAAAUACUUGAAUUACUCGCCGUCUUCCUCAUUUAAGGAUUUGCUUGGAGAUACCCCUGAUUUGACGUACUCUACUUCUCAAACUUCGAUUUCAAAUGCAACUAUCCGAAAAAUGGCGGAACUUGUGCCAUCAUUGAUGACUGAUUCAUACUUCACGGCGGAAAAUAUCGAAAAGUACCUUGUCAACUUCUGGUGUAUUUACCAUAUUCAAUUUCCUAUUAUCCAUCGUCCUACAUUUUCCACCACCACAGCUAAUCCGCUAUUACUUUUAAGUAUAAUGACUAUUGGGUCGUCUCUCGAGUCAAGAAUGUGUCAUGAACCAGAACGGAAGUUGAGGUAUAUCAAGUUGGCAGAGUCCAUUGCAGACCCUUUACGAUGGCUCAUUUGUUCUCACGGUGAAGUUCUUGAAAGUUCCACAUCUUGGUUACUACAAAGUUUACUCAUCUUGGAGUGUUAUGAAAUCACCUGUUCCAACAGAAAGCUUCAUAGAAGAGCACACUUGAACCAUGGUUUCAAGAUCGAGUUGUUAAGGCGGAGUCCCCUUUUGGGUGGAAACUUGGAACAGUCCGAUGAUCUAGAUAAGGAUGCAUCUACAAGUCCAUGGGAAAGUUGGAUUGAGCUUGAAUCACUCAAAAGAUGUGCUUAUAUCACAUUUUUGGUGGACACUUAUAAUGCCAUUAUUUUUGGCCAAGAAGCAGUGUUGUACACCCAUCAUAUCAAGCUUUCGCUUCCUUGUAUUGACCUGAUAUGGGAAGCUGCUAAUACAAAUAAGAUGGACGUUAACAACCAACUUGACAAUUCCAAAUUCCUUUCGGUAUUGACUGAUGUAUUAAGGUAUGAAAAGGUGAAUUCGACACCCUUCACCAGUCGAAUUCUUCUUGUCGGGAUUAUCAGUUUAGCCGUUCAAACAGAGCAGAUAGAUCUCCUGGUGAAAGCUCUUCAAGACCAAGGCUUGAAAUCAUGGAAAACCAGUUUGUUGCAAUCACUUGAUUCUUGGUACGAUAAUGUGAUAGAUGAAACCUGUUGUGAACUUGACAGUGCAUUUUAUUGUCCCAUUGAUAUUCCAGAAGCAGGAUUGUCCAAACCUGAUGACACAAGUUGCAAAUUUGCAGUCUAUCAUAUAGCCCAGGCAUUUUUGAGGGUUCCCCAAUAUGACUGUAUAAUCUUCGCUGGUUCACCCCAAAGAAUGAACAUUAAAACUUCUCCAAAAGAUCUUGAAAACGUCAGGAGGAGAAUGGAAAACUGGACCAAAAGUCUUGAUGGCCGGAUGGCUGUCACUCAUGCAUAUGUGCUAUUGUGUGAAAUAUUACUAACACAAGAUGAAACUGGAGAGCAUGUCCCCGUCACUUAUGAACCCAACAUGGAUCCAAUAUUUUACAGACCCAACAUUGUUGCCUCAUCAUUGUUUUUGAUUUGGUGUUACAACUACUGUUUGUCUGGGGCCGAAUCAAACUACUUGAAACGUUCGGAUCCAAUGCAAAAUUCAAGCUAUAUCCCGGAAAGAAUCAACGGGUACCAAUAUGUUAGAAACGUCAAGAAGAAGUUCGAAGAAGAAGCUCGAAUCGCUGGAGUCGACUCGAGCUCCAAGAAGUUUACUGCGUAUGCUAAUGCUUUACAGAAUAUCAACAGGUUGCAUUGUACGGUUGGGUUAUUGCGGUUGUUCAAAGACAAGUUUAUUGCCUGUAAUUCUCAGAUUUGUAGGGAAUACGGUAGACUCAUGGAAAACUGUAUUCAAAGGUCAUUGGGCAGAGAGCUGGUCAUCUGCCCCGAUAUGUACGUUGAUGCAUAG